AUGGACAAGUUCCUUCUCCUGCUCCUGAUGCUGGGUCCUUUGCCUGUUGUGUUCUUCCAAGGUGUGGUCCAGAGGGCGAAGGUGGCUGGGGAGCAGACUCAGGAUGAUGAUCUGACUGUGCAGGGCAAUUUCAUGCCAUCGAGUGCAGAGUCUAAUUGUGUGAAACGCUGUGAAGAUAAAUUGAAAACUGUUUUUGCUCGCCGCUGGAUUGGUGGGGACCCACGAGGCCUCAACCUGCGUAUGGAGAAGUGUUAUUUCUGUUCAGGGCCCAUCUACCCCGGCCAUGGCAUGAUGUUGGUCCACAAUGACUGCAAGGUAUUCAGAUUCUGUAAAUACAAAUGUCAUAAGAACUUUAAAAAGAAGCGUAACCCUCGCAAGGUCAGGUGGACUAAAGCAUUCUGGAAAGCAGCUGGCACAGAGCUUACAGUGGAUAACUCGUUUGAAUCUGAAAAACCUAGAAAUGAAUCUGUCAAAUACCAGCGAGAACUAUGGAAUAAAACUAUUGAUGCAAUGAAGAGAGUUGAAGAGAUCAAACAGAAACGCCAAGCUAAAUUUAUAAUGAACAGAUUGAAGAGAAAUAAAGAGCUACAGAAAGUUCAGGACAUUAAAGAAGUCAAGCAAAACAUUCAUCUUGUCCGAGCCCCUCUUGCAGGCAAAGGGAAGCAGCUGGAAGAAAAAAUGGUACAGCAGUUACAACAGGAUGUGGACAUGGAGGAUGUUUCUUAA